CUCUCUCCACCUGUUAGACCGGCGUCUAUCUCUCUGCAGACUGUACCAAAGUUAUGCCAGGAAUCCCCUCGCACCCCAACAAGGGCGCACAUUACAGGCAGUAGGAGCUGGCAGUUGACAAGUUCCAUUUCUAUAACCAAGAGGGACUCACGUGAUUGGCACAGAGACGGCACAGGAGGAGCAGGGAUCAAUGUUCAGAGGAAAUCAUGGCCUCAGAGGAAGAAGAGUUUAACUUUGUCUUUAAAGUGGUUCUGAUUGGAGAGUCUGGGGUGGGAAAAACCAACCUCCUCUCCAGGUUUACGAGGAAUGAGUUCAGCCACGACAGCCGCACCACCAUUGGAGUAGAGUUCUCAACCCGCACGCUAACAGUAGAUGGGCACCUGGUGAAAUCACAGAUCUGGGACACCGCCGGCUUGGAACGCUACAGAGCCAUUACCUCCGCUUAUUACAGGGGAGCAGUCGGGGCUCUCUUGGUCUAUGAUAUCACCAAGCAUCAGUCUUAUGAAAAUGUGGACCGGUGGCUGAAGGAGCUGUAUGACCAUGCAGAUGCCAGCAUUGUAGUCAUGUUGGUUGGGAACAAGUGUGACCUUAAGGAUGAAGCCCAGGAGGUGCCCUCAGAGGAGGCCAAAGCCUAUGCAGAACAAAAUGGAUUGCUUUUUAUAGAAACGUCCGCCUUAGACGCCACCAAUGUGGAAGUGGCCUUUGAAACAAUCCUCCGAGACAUCUACACAAGAGUUCUGAAGUUGAAGGGGGGAAUUCAACAGCCAAGUACAAUAAACCUGUCCAAAGAGGCUUCUCCAACCCAGUCCAUCACCCAGGUUACCGAGCAGAAGAGAUCUUGUUGCCAAAACGUCUAGACUUUUGGCAACAUCACAAAUAGGAAAAUUCACAGCACAUGAAGACAAAAAGAAGUUGGAGGCCACUGAUCCAGCAAAGGACUUGAUCUCUACUUGUUAAGAUCUAGAAAUAACGUAGAGUGCUAUGGUACUCACCCCUAACAACUAGAACACUGGUAGGAACAAUGACCUUGUCUGGUGUAUGUUGGAGUCUUUUUCCCUAAAGAUUCCACCAUUAUGAUGAAAGGUUCAGUGGACCUGGUAGUACUCUAAUCCUCUUCCCUCGUAUCAACCUUGUACUUUACUUGCACAAAGUAUUAAUUAUGUUUAGCUAUCAAAAAGACAUGUGCCUCCAAGUUGCCCUUCUUCUUCCCACCAUACUACUAUUGAAGGCAAGUCCAACCCCACAGAAUUAGUAGAAGUAUGCUGGAACAGUAAUAGUGAAUGGAACCAUAAAGUGGUGGCAGCAGACCCUAUUCUAAACAUUUACCACCAAAGAGUUGGAACAUGUUUUUCUAUUGCUGUAGUUUUUAUGAAGCCGUGCAGGGCAGAGAUAGAGCAGCUAAUGUAGUAAGGAGAUAGUGAAAACCAAGAUAUAGAUUAAAAGGAUUUUUAACAAAUACAAACUUCUAUUUGGAAGUUUCUGUGGUCUGUGAAAAACUGACUAUGUCUGACUUUUGAGGCAAAAAUCUGAAAAAGCCCAAAAAAAACCUAGCAAUUCGGGAAAAAACCCCCAUACUAUUUGGAUUUUCGCUCGCUUUUUUCAUGUUUGUCCCCGAUCUGAUUAAGCAGUGCUUUUUAAAUAUUAAAUAAGGGUAAAAUGUGGAUUCUAGUUUGCUCUGACUUUAUUUUUUAUAAAAAUACUCAGAAAUAUUUUGAUAAAUAAGGCCCUAAAUGUUAACUUAAAGUUGAAUCACUUCAAAACAGACAUCGGAUUGGUUGCUAUGGGUUACUUUGUGCCUCUUAUUGCAUGUAUGGAUAAAGUGUAACUUGUAACUAUAAAGCUUGACAUUUUGGGGUUCAAGUGCUUCUUUGAGGCCCAACUUUUGGUAAGGGCUCCUCAUUCCAAGGAUGCAAACACUGCCAGGCCCCCUCAAACCACAUCAGUAUAUUCUGCAGCUGCUUCCCAACCCCAAAAAUGGACACGUGCAUUCAAUAUCAGAUAGGCAUGGAGGAAGGACACGGGCUGAUGGAACUGGUGCUGGUAGAGGGGUGGUUGCUAGUGGGUAGAAGGUUGGUCCAGGGCCCUGUGGGUUCUGCUUAUGGCAGUUAAGCCACUGGUUACAGAUAUAAGGAAUCACUACUGUAUCAGACAUUACUGGGAGUUGCAAUAACAGCGGCAUUGCAACUGCCAGCAAAACUAAUGUAAAGUGUUAAUGUUGCCAUCUGCCUGCCCCAUCUUGCUCUACUCUGAAUCUAUGUUGCACCAGCUACUGUUUUUGUCUCCUAUCCUUCCUACAUUCAACUGCAUAUUGAGGGGCCCUUAGUGUGGCCUUUAAUGGCCCCUCAGCAUGCUCUUAUAGUUAGGAAUUGUAACGGAUAACUAGUGUAUGUUUUUGUAUGGGUGUAAUAAAGGCGGCUGUGCUUGGCUGGGUCAGUAAAAAAAGUUCCAUGUCUAUUAGGCAUUAGGGAACAUUUUAUGAAUCUGCCAGAUCUAGUGGGAGGGCAAGGGUAACUGGAUCAUUUUAACAAAUAUUGGUGUGCUCUGGGCUGCUGUGUGAAUUUUAAUGUACAUGAGAAUUGUGUAAAUAAAGCUAAAGCCCUUUUUUUU